GAUGGACUGGAGGCUGUACCACUCUCACAUCUCACACAUCAAACACACACACCCACACACACACCUGAGAGAGAAAGACUGGACACGCGGAGAGUCAGCAGUAUCUGGAUUAAACUAUGGCGCCGAGAGAUUCCAAGAAGCUGGAGGAGAUAAGUAACAGUCUAAACCAGCAGUAUGAGGAAAAGGUGCGUCCCUGCAUCGAUCUUGUGGAUUCACUCAGGUCUUUAGGAGUGGAGAAGGACCUGAGUUUACCGGCCAUCGCUGUUAUAGGUGAUCAAAGCUCAGGAAAAAGCUCAGUGCUGGAAGCACUUUCGGGCGUGGCAUUGCCCAGAGGCACAGGUAUUGUGACUCGCUGUCCUUUGGUGCUGAAACUAAAGAGAGUUGAAACAGGAGUGGCAUGGUCUGGACACAUUUCUUACCAGAAAAAAGAAAGGGUUCUUAGUAAGCCAGAAGAUGUGGGAACUGCUGUUUCAGAUGCUCAGAAUGCCUUGGCUGGAAAUGGAAAGGGAAUCAGUCAUGAUAUGAUCACUCUGGAGAUCAAAUCCAGCAAAGUUCCGGAUCUCACUCUUAUUGAUCUGCCGGGCAUUGCCAGAGUAGCUACAGGUGACCAACCAGUGGACAUUGAGAAACAGAUCAAAGAUCUCAUUGAGAAAUUCAUUAAGAGACAAGAAACCAUUAGCUUGGUGGUUGUGCCAGCGAACAUUGACAUUGCCACUACUGAGGCACUGAAGAUGGCAAGCAAAGUGGAUCCCAAUGGUCUCAGGACACUCGGUAUUCUAACCAAGCCUGAUUUGGUGGACAAAGGUGCGGAGGAUACAGUGGUGAGUACGGUCAAUAAUCAGGUGAUCACACUGAAGAAGGGCUACAUGAUGGUGAAGUGUCGUGGACAGCAAGACAUCAAUGCCAAUCUGAGUCUAGCUAAAGCCCUUCAGAAAGAGAGAGACUUCUUUGAGCAACAUCCCCAUUUCAGGCCUCUUCUGGAAGAUGGAAGAGCCACUGUGCCCCUACUGGCAGAGAGACUAACAAAGGAACUGGUGGAACACAUUGGCAGGUCACUCCCACAUCUCAAACAACAAAUUGAUCUAAAACUGGAGGUGACAGAAAAGAAGCUGAAACAGCUUGGUGACGGAGUUCCUCAAGACGAAAAUGAGAAGAAGAGCUUCCUCAUUCAGAAAAUCAACGGUUUUAACCAGAUCCUUACAGAUGUGAUGAGGGCUGAGGAAGACACGAGCUCAGGCACCAAAGUUUUCACCAAAAUCAGGGCUGAGUUCACAAACUGGAAAUCUCAGCUGGAUAAAAAGACUACCACAUUUGAAGAAAACCUCAGGGAUGAGGUAGAAGAGUACUCAAGGGUCCGGAGGGGAAAGGAGCUUCCUGGAUUUGUUAACUACAGGACAUUUGAGAACAUUGCCAGGAAGCACAUAAAGGAGCUGGAAGAACCUGCCUUACAGUUACUGACGGAUGUUACAGAGAUCGUUCACUCAUGCCUGAACAAAAUUGCGAAUACUCAUUUUGAGGCGUAUUCCAACCUGCUGAGGGCGGCUAAAGGGCCUAUUGAGGAUCUGCAUGAGGAGGAAUAUGAAAAAGCCAAGGAGAAGAUAAAGUCUCAGUUUAGGAUGGAAAGGCUAGUCUACUCUCAGGAUAGUCUCUACAGCUCAAAACUAGAAUCGGUCAAGAGCAAACCAGAGCCGCAGAGAUUUGGCUUCUCCUAUCCCAUGAGUGCGGACGUUCGGGAGAUGGCUCAGCACCUAAGUGCCUACUUUGUGAUUACCACUGAGCGUCUGGCUAACCAGGUGCCUCUGAUAGUGCAGUAUCAUGUGCUGCACUGGUACAUUUCUCACCUCCAGACGGCCAUGUUAGCCAUGAUUGGAGAAAAGAAUUCAGUGAAGCUCAUUGAAGAGGAUUCUGACGUCGCCCGUCGCAGGAAGACAGCAUGCGAACGCAUAGACCGCCUUAGACAAGCCCGGCAGGUCCUGUCCAAGUUUGUACUCUCUGCCUCUUAACUGCUUCAGGAGGAGAUGGAUGGAGACUUUAAAUUUUGACAUGUGUGCUCUUUUUAAUUCUUAGCUUGCUUUUUUGUUAUUAGGUAUAUUGCAAAAUAUAUUAGUUUUUGCUGUGACAAAACUGCAGCAUCACAUAGUUAAAGCAGAUGUUUGUCUUUCAUUAAAACUUUUGUGGACAUUACCACGUGUCAUGUUUUGUCAUGUUUGUCUGGAGGAUGUCCUGCUAUGAUUUUACCAAGAGUAGAUCAUGGAUUUGUAUGUUAGGCAUCUGGUCAGCUAUCUGUCCUUGUAUUUAACCUUUUCCAGCUGAAUGUAUUUUGGUAUUCUUUUUUUUCC